AUGGCUUACGAUGACAAGACCCGAUCUUCGCCAUCUAUUCGCUCGACCCAAAACGAUGAGGAAGAGCCAGUUCCACGCAGGAAGGUCAAAUGGUACCGCUCGACAAUGUACAAUGCCAUUAUUCUUGGCAUAUGCAACUUCUGUGCACCGGGCAKCUGGGGCGCUAUGAACUCACUGGGAGGAGGUGGCAGCCAAAGCCCAUGGCUUGUCAAUGCGGCGAAUGCCCUUACUUUCUGUCUGAUGGUCGUGACUUGCGCGCUUUCCGGGAUCUUCGUCAAAUACUUGGGGAUCCGUUAUACACUCAUUCUAGGGGCUGCCGGUUACUGUCCCUACGCUGCUGGAUUGUAUUGCAACAACCGUUACGGCAGUGAGUGGUUCGUCCUCUUCGGUGCUGCUUGCUGUGGAUUAGGAGCCGGUCUGUUCUGGAUGGCCGAAGCAGCUGUGGCAUUGAGCUAUCCAGAACCAGAGAAUCAGGGACGCUUCCUAGGGUUGUGGCUGUCAUUCCGUAUCGGUGGCCAGAUUCUUGGUGGUGCAGUCAACCUUGGAUUGAAUGUUGACAGGAACACCGCCGGAUCAGUCUCGUAUUCGGUCUUCCAGGUCUUCAUUGCAAUACAGGCCGUUGCUCCUUUCGCUGGACUUCUUUUGACGAACCCACCAAAGGUCGAGCGAACAGACGGCGUGACGGUUUCGUGUUCGAUCGCCAAAGAUGAAAGUAUCCGAAAAGAGAUGGCUAGCACAGGCAAACUAUUCGUGGGCAGACAAUUCGUGCUGAUCAUCCCGCUUAUUGCAGCGAGUGUCUUUUCCGAGGCAGUGUUCUUCACAUACCAAGGGCUGUGGUUCUCCGUCCGCGCACGAGCACUGGGCUCUUUACUUUCGGGUGUCGUCGCCAUCUUGGGCGGGAACUUGUUGGGGGCAUUUCUGGACAAUACGAGGUUCGCGGCUCGCGUCCGCAGUAGAUGGUCUUUCAUUGUCAUCAUGACCCUACAGGGCGCUUGGUGGAUUUACGGAACCAUAGUUGUAACAGGAUACCGCAAGACCCAGCCGGCAUUCGACUGGGUGGACGAUGGGUUCGGGAGAGGCUUCGUCUGGUUCCUCCUCAUGGUCAUAUCCUUUCAGGUCAACUAUAUGUUUCUCUACUUCGUUAUCGGGAGUCUUGCCAAGAACGAUGCCGAAGUUAUUCGCUACGCUGGAAUACUGCGAGCAACCGAGAGCGCGGCUCAGGCAGUAUCUUACGGAUUGACCAGCGUAAAAGUGAUGGGAAGUGUGGGCUGCAUCUAUCUCAACUUUGGACUAUGGGCGGUUGCCUUGCUGCCAGCGUGGAUUGUCAUCAAAGAGAUUGGCGUUAGCACCGGGAAGAUUAUAGACAAGAAGCCCGUCGAUGGGGCGGAACACCGAGAAUGA